GUGAGGCCACGAGGAGCUCAGURGCCCUGAAUGGUUGAAAUCUCCAGCAGCAGCAGCAGUCGAGCAGUGCAGCAGGAGCCAUGUCUCUGCCCUUCCGAAAAGAGCUGGAGAAGUACAAGAAUAUCAAUGAAGAUGAAAUACUCAGCAAGCUCUCAGAGGAUGAACUGAAGCAGCUAGAGCAUGUUCUCGAUGACCUUGAUCCUGAGAAUGCCCUGCUCCCAGCAGGAUUUCGGCAAAAGGACCAGACCACUAAACCUGCCACGGGCCCCUUCGACAGAGAGCGCCUGCUCUCCUACCUGGAGAAGCAAGCACUGGAGCACAAGGACAGAGAGGACUUCGUACCAUUCACAGGGGAAAAGAAAGGAAAAAUAUUUAUCCCUAAAGAAAAGCCYGUGGAAACCCGCACAGAAGAGAAAGUGACCCUGGAUCCAGAACUAGAAGAGGCCCUGGCCAGUGCUUCAGACACAGAGCUCUAUGACCUUGCAGCUGUUCUUGGAGUGCACAACAUGGUCAACAACCCAAAAUUUGAUGAAGCAGGAGCCCGCAGUAAAGAUGGAAAAGGAAUCGUGAGAAAUGUGGUGAAAGGUGAAAAGGUGAAGCCCAUCUUUGAGGAGCCACCUAAUCCGACCAAUGUGGAAGCAAGUUUGCAAAGGAUAAAAGCAAAUGAUCCCAGUCUCACAGAAAUUAAUCUCAACAACAUAAAGAAUAUUCCUAUUCCAACACUGAAAGAAUUUGCAAAAGCUCUGGAAACCAACACACAUGUGAAGACUUUCAGCCUUGCAGCUACUCGAAGCAAUGACCCUGUAGCUAUUGCAUUUGCAGAUAUGUUGAAAGUGAACAAAACACUGAAGAGUCUGAAUGUAGAAUCCAACUUCAUCACUGGCACAGGGAUUUUGGCACUGAUUGAUGCACUGAAAAAGAAUGAAUCCCUAACGGAGAUCAAAAUUGACAACCAGAGGCAGCAGCUUGGGACAGCUGUAGAGAUGGAGAUUGCCAAGAUGCUGGAGGAGAACUCCAGGAUUCUCAAAUUUGGAUACCAGUUCACAAAACAAGGUCCAAGAACCAGGGUAGCAGCAGCUAUCACUAAAAACAACGAUCUGGUUCGUAAGAAGAGGGUGGAAGGGGAGCGGCAGUAGCCACAGCACCGAGGACACGAGGCACGACUGGAGGCACCACCAACUGCAGUCUCAGAGUGCUCACUGCUCAGAAGGGAAGGCACUGGAAAUUAUUACAGUGGGAGUUGCUGAUUUCUGUUAAUGUCUCCUUUUAACCUUGAAAGCAGAGCCUGUUCAUUUUCAAUUUUCACGAUUAAUUUAAUUCUUAUGAGAAAGGUUCAUCGUUGGUUUGAUUUUAAUGAAGAAAAUGGUUUGCAAUAUGUGAAGCCAAUAUGCAGCAUCUUAACUGUGUUACUGAGCAUAACAUAUAGUGACUCUGACCCUUAUUUUAGACACUUUUUGAUAUGUUAUGAUAUGUGUAUGAAUAAGGGAUUCUCUGCUGAAAAUAGAAAUUUUAGGGCCAAGUUCUGCAAUGCCUUAUGUUUGUGAAUAAUCCUUACUUAUGUGUAUAGUCCUGCUGAACUGAAUCCUGCAAAGGGCUGCUCCCAGGAGUAGAACUAGUGAUGCCAGUACAGGUUUGCAGGUUCACACCCUUGAGCCUCUCUCCUGCAGUGGGAUCUGGGCAGCUGGAACCACCUUGGAACUGCACCCGUCCCCCUUGCUGGGUCUCCACCCGUCCAGCUCCCAGUGCAGGAUCAUGCCCAGAUGUAUAAACAUUGUCAAAGCGUAUUUGUUUACAUAAGCUUAGGUUAGGUGGAUCAUUUUGCAAUGUUACACUGAUGUUUUUUAUCCUUACUCCACACUUUAAAGUAAUAUUAGUGCUGCCAAUCCUAUAGACAUUGAAUGUUUUGGGUUUUUUUUUYCUAGGCCAACAAGUUUUGUUUGCUACUAGAAUGCACAGUUUACAGCUAUUAAUCUUAACCUAAACAAGUAUUCUGAGCAAUAUUUGUUUUGCUUUGAGCCAUGAGUUUGACUUUUUUUAGUUCUGGUAUUUAUGUACAUUUGUUAGCUUUAUAGGACUGUUCUCAGGACCUUUUAGAUGAAGAUUAAUUAAACACUUAAUCCAGGAAAGCCACUGUGCUACCAGUAAAAGACAUUAAAGGGGUAGUUUUGACAGCUACAUAACUGACAUUUAAAUGCUGCAGUUGAGRUUUGUCCAUGUAUCACAAGGCACGUGGGUAUUCGUGCCAGUGUUWAUCUGAAUAAGGGCAGAUUUAAGCACAUGUACAAAUGCUUUGCUAAAUCAUGGCCUUAACUUGGAUGCUGGACGUAAUCUUAACCCAGAGGAAAACACUCAAGAAACAGCAGCUAACCCCAAUGCUCAACAGCAUUGAAAUUUUGGUAAGAAUUCAGCCAGAUGUUUCAUUUUGUUUAUUUUGCAGUCUAACAGUAUUCUCUACUACGGUUUUAUCACUGCCAACAGCUGACUAACAGCCAGAGGUUCAUUUUGGUUACUGUGUGCAUGCUGUAAGAGCAAAGGGACGCUCAGGUCACGUGUGGCUGUCAGAAAGCUGCAGAAACACUCCUGGGCCAGUGCUGUUACCUGAUGCACACUGAGAGCAUCCCUCCUCUGAGAGCAGAGACAAGGCACUGCUCCUUGGGCAGUGCUGGACACUGCAGCCACUGCAGGACACUCCUGACCCAGGACACUCCUGACCCAGGACACUCCUGACCCAGGACACUCCUCACUCAGGACACUCCUGAGCUGUUUCCAUCGUGCUGGGGUGCAAGCUGACAGGAUGAACCCUCCCUCUGUGCCUUUUAUAGUGGACAUGAGUAGGUCCAAGGCAAUGCUUUUCCUGCUGGAUACUGGAUACAUAGUUGGGUCCAAAGUGAAUAAUACUCACUUAAAUCCCACUUAAAAUACUUGGCUAAAGUGGUUGGCUGAGCUGAGAUAUAAAGUGCAGUAGCCACAGUUUACUUCCCUGAGAGCUCCCUGUCUCUACAAUUUCCACUUCUUCCCUUCCUCAGAAUAAACGGAAACGUUUGCUUUGCAAAUAAAAAACAUAACACAGGGGAAUCUUGCUGAGGUUUUCCUUGGAUCCAUGCAGAAUUUGCUGUGAAAAACUUUGAUAUCCCAUUAAAAGAAUUUGCAAGUUCUGUAAUACAGUUAUAACUCUGCAUGGGCAUAAACAGAAUCCUUAAAAAACAUUGAGAUUAUCAGGAGAACACUGAGCUUUGCACCAUGAAGUUUCAUGGGUGGGAAGAAUCCUUAUCCACAAAACCUAUGUUACUGAUAACGUUCAGUCAUAGGAAUCACUGACCCUAAUUUCUUGUUCUUGUCCUUUGAUCYAGCCAAGGAACUCUCAAUUAUCAAUUGAUUCUUUGAAGAUUUAUUUAAUUUUUUUAAAGAGUGGUACGUAUCUGUGUUUAAGGGAAACAAGUGCAAUCCAUUUCUAGUCUUAAUUGCCAUUGACAGUGUUGGUAUUUGCAUGCAGCAGUUUCUCAAGGAUGGGUUGGCCUGGCUGCUUCAUGGUGUGUGCAGCACGUCCUGUUUCGCUUUGCCCAGAGCCACCCACACUGUUACACGCUCAGGUGGCUCCAUCUGUGUUUUGCAGCCCCAGUUUGCACCAAGGACCAAGGUACCUGACUGAGGAAAGCCCUGUGGGCUCCCCAUCCCUCCACCUGCCAUGAAGAGCCACGGUUCCUGUGGAGGGAGGAUCCUCAGUCCCUCCAGGGAUCAUCUCAAACCCCAGCCCCACCAUGUGAGAGCAGACASGGCUGGAGCUGUGCACCCCAUGGCCAAGCCCUGGAGGUCUGGCUCCUUGCAGCAUGUGUGAGGAGAGCUCCCAGUCCCUGGCCCUUUCCUCCAGGCAGCCCCUGCCAGGGGCUCAAUCACCAGGGAUUUCUUUGUCCAGCCUCUUCUGUGUGCUCCACACAAGGCCUUGCUUGUCACCAGCCUUGAGUAUCGCAGGUCAGACAUUCCAACAACGUUAAAAUCUGUUGGAUGCAGCAACAGCACACGAUGGAGAUGCUUGAAGGCAGAUUUUCAUACUAACAGGAUUAUUUAGCUGGUUAAAAAUUUCUGCAAUUGACACGAAGAGGGGCAGGAUGUAACUGGUUAUUUCAUAUCCUUCUUUCAGGCAACAUCUGGCAUUGUCUGUGCUGAAUGGGGAACAGGGACCUUUUUCUUAAGCAAACAUUCAGGAGUAACUGUCUAUUUUUGCACAUUGCUUCUCGUGUUGACUGCUUCAGUUUGGUUUGUAUUUUUUAUACAGUUUUUUCAUGGAAAAGCUCAACUUUGUGUGUAUCCUAACAUCCAUGUGAAGUGUAGCGGGCACUGAGGACCAUAUGUGUACAUGUAUAAAUGACGAUGUUAUCUCUGGAACAAAAAUAAUUGCAUGCUCACAGUGUGGUGCAUAUUACUCGAGAGGAAGAGAGUUACCACACUAUGUAACAGUGACUCCCCAGCAUUGUGGUUUUUCUAAAUAAACCUUCACAAAGGAUUUGGUUUUUGCAAUUUCUCAUGGGUUUGUGCCUUGAAUCAAGCCUUCCUUGGUGCUCUGAUAUCAAUUGAGCAAUUUUCUCCACUGCAGCUUUCAUUCUCCUGGAUUACCUGCUCGGUUUCACCUGCUCUUCUCAGGUGGAGAGAUG